AUGCCACAACCAAUUCAGGAAUUGGACCCUGAUUUUUACAUCUCAUACAAUUAUCCAAUUGAUGAGAAAACAAAGAAAGUCAGUUCUCAAUCAGAGAAAGCAUUGUAUACAUUUGUCGAGUAUUUAUACGAUAAAGGAUUUGCUGCAUCAAUUAGACCAGGUGAUCCUACACACUUGUUGAUUUUCAUCAAAUUAUCCCCUUACAAGUUCAUUGAAGAAGCUGAAAAGGAUUUGAUCAAGAAUUAUGAGUUUGGUGUUACUGCAAAAGAUGAUGAGUUUAGUGCAAGAAUUAGAAUCAUCUACCAAUACUUGACAAGUACCAAGAAACUUGGAGGGUGCGGGAUAGUACCUGGACAAGCUCCAUACGAAGAAGUUGUCAAUAUCGUUCCUGUUACUAGUGCGUUUGAUGAGAGCAGAAUUGUUGAAGAUUUGAAAGAUACCUUCACCAGACCUGAAUUAUCUGCCAACCAGAUCAAGAGAACAUAUGGAGUACAAAUUGCUCUCUACUUUGAGUUCUAUAAGUACUACAUUUAUUGGUUAUUUGGGUUAUCAGUAUUGGGAAUUUUCCAGUAUUUCAAAAAGUCGAAAACUUACUCAUUAGGGUACACGUUUCUCAAUUUACUUUGGGGUACUUUCUUUUUGGCAUUUUGGCAUAGAAAGCAGCAAUACUUGGUUAAUUUGUGGGGUGUUCAAAACUCACAUCUCGUUGAAGAGCAUAGUUUGGAGUUGGCAGAGAUUAAUGAACGUUUUGAACCACAAUCAUCAUAUUUACACAAGAAUAAUACCGAGGGUUUUAGAUUUGUCAAACAAUUGUUUUUUAUCCCCAUUGCUUUGGCAUUUGCUGCUGUUUUGAUUAGCUACCAAUUGGGUUGUUUUUUUAUUGAAAUUUUCUUGACUGAUCUUUACGAUGGACCAGGAAAGUCAUACUUGACAUUGUUGCCAACGGUUUUGAUUUCCGUGUUUGUGCCAAUCUUAACCAUCAUUUACAACCUUGUUACAAGUGUUGUCAUCAAGUUGGAAGGACACGACACACAAGUCAGUGAAAAUCAAUCAGUUUUGAUCAAGGCAUACGUUUUAAACUUUUUGACUAGUUAUGCACCAUUACUUAUCACGUCAUUUUUGUACUUGCCCUUUGCCCAUUUAGUUGGUCCUCAUUUGGGUGACAUUCAAACCACCAUUUCCACAUAUGUUGGUGAAAACAGAUUUUAUGCCAAAUAUUUGACAAAAUUGAAAUCUCAAAAGGAGUUUAAGAUUAACCAGGGCAGGUUGAAUGCUCAAUUUUUUUACUUUGUUGUCACUAAUCAAGUCUUGCAAGCAUUUUUAAAGUAUAUUUUGCCAUUAUUGAUUACAAAAGUAGUCAAGUUGUAUCAAACUAAGGUUCAAAAGAAGCCACAAUUGCAAACUUCAGCAGAUGAUCCAUAUGAAGCUCGUUGGUUACAAAAUGUCAGACUCUCAUUGGAUUUACCUGAGUAUGUCGUUGAUGACGACUUUAGAAGUGUCGUUUUGCAAUAUGGUUACUUGAUUUUAUUUGGUCCUGUUUGGCCAUUGGCACCUUUGGUUUCAUUGAUCUUCGCAGUUGUUUUCUUCAAAUUGGACCACUUUAAAUUAUUCAAUGGAAACUACUUUAAACCUCCCAUUCCUAAGAGAGUGGACUCGAUUCACCCUUGGAACUGGGCAUUGUUUUUAUUGACUUGGUUAGGAUCUAUCGUUUCUCCUGUUGUUACCGCCUUCUAUCGUCAUGGUACUGCUCCACCAAAGACUAUGGGUCAAUUUGCAUUGGAUAAUGCUAGUGUUAAUAUUUCUUCCUCGGCCAAGUUGGUUUUGUUGAUGUUGUUUACUGAGCAUGCAUUCUUAUUCUUGAGUUAUAUUUUGUACAAUUUGAGUGAGUUGUUCAAGAGUGGAGUUGAAUGGGAAAAUGACUUUGUUGAUAAUGAUAUAAAAUUGAGACACGACCACUAUUCCAAACACGUCAAACCGACUAUCAAAGUGGUUAAUGUACCAGCAUGGAACGAAUUCACCGUUGACUCCACCUUGGACUUUACACCCCCUAGUGCCGUUGAGCCAGUUGACGAUGUUGCCGCUGAGAAACUCCCAUCAAAAAAGCAAGGAUAUUCUACGUCUACGCAAGCAAGUGAAACAACUGUUCAUUCACGUUCGGAGCAAGCACGCGUAAUUGCUGAAAAGGAAAGACUUUUGAGGGAAAGACAAGCGGAAUUGGCCAGAUUGGAAAAGAGAAAGCCGGAAGACUCAAGUGCUACUAACUCGUCUGCGGAGUAUAAUAGGUUAAAUAAAGACAAGGAUGCAAGUGACUCCAUAAUUGAAGCCAAGUCAGAUCCAAACAGCAAGAAACACUAUAGUACUAUUGAUAACAAUACUCACGUUAGUGAUGGCAACAAUAAGGAGAAGACUGGCACUGAUAAAACCACUCAUACCAAUGAGUUACUUCAAGGCUCAUCCCAACUUCCUCCAGCUCCUAAUGAUAAAUCCGCAACUGUUGAUACAAACAAAUACACCACUCAUUCUGAAAACGCCGCAAAGGCUGGAGAGCGUGCUCCUGGUGGAGCUGGUCUUGCAAGCGCCGCAGCAGCACCUCCUUCGAAGAAAGAGAAGGAGAAGGAGCGUGAGCAGCAAUUUGAUACCAAUCCGGCUCCAGCAAAGGAAAACAAGUCAGGAAUUAAGAAUAGUAACGCUCCUGCCACAGAACAGAGAAAAGCAUUGGCAGCAGGAGACGACAAGUUCAAUGGCAAUUCCGAUACCCAAGUGGAAAAAGAUAAAUCCUCUUCUGGUAAAGGAUCCAAUCUGAAUUCGAAGUCUUCAAAGUCACAAAAUGGAGACAAACUGAGUGGUGCAGAUAAUGAUGAAAGCUCAAGCAAAACCUCGGAAACUGAUUCACAAAAGGAACCUAAACGUAAGAGAUCUGGUUUGAAGAAGUUAUUGAACAAAAUAUAA